UUGCCGCCCAAUCUGAGUGCGCGUUCACGCGGCGUCGAGCGCGUCCCAGUCGCCGGGCUCGCUCACCGCGCCUGCGCAGAGGAAUACAAGAUGGCGGAGAGUGCGGAACUGAAGCAAAUGGUGAUGAGCCUACGUGUAUCGGAGCUACAGGUGCUGCUGGGUUACGCUGGGCGCAACAAACACGGACGUAAACACGAGCUGCUAACCAAGGCGUUACAUCUGCUAAAAGUCGGCUGCAGCGCCGCCGUGCAUAUGAAGAUCAAAGAGCUGUACCGCCGACGUUUCCCUGCAAAAAUGUUGUCUCCCUCUGAGCUCUCUCUGCCCGGACCGCAUUACCCAGCCGCAGGGGUGGUUGGAGGAGGUGGAGCUGCGUUACCCGCCGGCUUGACGCAGCUGGCAUACGAGGGUCAUGCGGGCCACACUGGAGCCCCGUCACCUGCUGCCUUACUACCCCUUUCGCUACUUGGCCCCGGGAAACACGAACUGACCGGUUUGACGCACCAUCUGUCCGCCACCGGCCCGCUGCACCCUGUUCAUCCGGAUGUGAAGCUCCAGAGGUUGCCAUUUUAUGACAUGUUUGAUGAACUCAUCAAACCAACAAGUCUAGCUUCAGACAACAGCCAGAGAUUUCAGGAGACGUGUUUUGCCUUUGCAUUAACGCCGCAGCAAGUCCAGCAGAUCAGCAGUUCCAUGGACAUCUCGGGGACCAAAUGUGAUUCCUCAGUUCAAGUCCAAUUGCGGUUUUGCCUGUCAGAGACGAGCUGUCCUCAGGAAGAUCAUUUUCCACCCAGUUUGUGUGUGAAAGUGAAUGGCAAGCCAUGUAACCUGCCGGGUUAUCUUCCUCCAACCAAAAACGGUGUUGAGCCUAAGCGGCCCAGCCGGCCCAUCAACAUUACCUCACUGGUCAGACUGUCCACCACAGUCCCUAAUACCAUUGUGGUGUCCUGGACCGCUGAGAUUGGAAGGAAUUACUCCAUGGCAGUUUAUUUGGUGAAGCAGCAGUCGUCCACAGUGCUUUUGCAGAGGCUACGGGCCAAAGGCAUACGGAAUCCAGACCACUCCAGAGCACUCAUCAAGGAGAAGCUAACAGCAGACCCAGACAGUGAAAUAGCCACAACUAGCCUCCGUGUGUCAUUGCUGUGUCCGCUUGGAAAGAUGCGGCUGAUGAUUCCAUGCCGGGCGCUGACAUGCUCUCACCUGCAGUGCUUUGACGCCACACUGUACAUCCAAAUGAACGAGAAGAAGCCCACCUGGGUGUGUCCUGUCUGUGACAAGAAGGCCCCCUAUGAACAUCUUAUCAUCGACGGGCUUUUUGUGGAGAUCCUGAACAACUGUAUGGAUUGUGAUGAGAUCCAGUUCAAGGAAGAUGGAAACUGGUCCCCCAUGAGGGCAAAAAAGGAAGUGCAAGAAGUCUCCUCUGCCUCGUUAACCAGCCUAAAUGGGCCGAGUCAGACAUCUGUGAGCUCCGAUCAGCAGAGCUACUUGUCAGCUAACCACAGCUACAGCAGUAACAGCAAGAAAAUGACCGUCAUAGACUUGACAUUAGACAGCUCCUCAGAAGACGAAGGACGGGAUACUCUGUCGCCACAGCCUCCUCCAGCCAAACGAGCCUGUCCCCCCAUGUCCCCAGCGUCACCGCCCGUCCUCAACAAAGGUGUGUUGAACCUGCACCACCAGGCCUCCCCGGUGAGUCGUGCUCCCAGCAUGCCAGCCGUGGACACCAGCUACAUGCCUCCUGUACCUCCACUCAUCCAGGACUAUAGACCUUAUUACCACACCACUGGGGACUUGCCAGAUUUGAACUUCUUCUCUUUCCUGCAGGGUGACAAUCAUCAGCAUUACAACAUGGUUAUGGCAGCAGCGGCGGCGGCCUCCACCUCAGACGACCACGAGAUGCUCCUCAACCGCUUCCUGCCCUACAGCGCCACAGGUUCUCCGGCCUCGUCGCAGCUGUUCCUAGAGCAAUCGGGAACCUCUUCGGCAUCUUCACUGACUGUGCCAACAAACGGGGCUAUCAACUCAGGCAGUAGCAGCAACUUAGUGUCAUCCAGCGGCCUCCAUGACACACACUCCUUGUCUUCGCACACGCCACACUCACACAUGUUGGCCGGUCGGGGUAGUGCGGAGGCAGCUGUGGCAGCUAUUUACGGAGGAAUACCUGACAUUAUUUCACUGGACUGACUGCAAUCUCGCCAGAAAAUACAUUAUUUGGCUGCAGGAGAACUGACUUGCCCAAAUCAUUAAACUCCUGUGUGGAGUUUUUUCUCAGUCGACAGACCUGACAGCACCAGUGUCGUCCACAACGGUCCUACUGGUCAGCUGAGCACAUUGUUGGAGACUUUAUCAGUGGCACUGCCUUACUGGUAUCAACAGGGCACAAACAGCGAGAAAGCAAAAUGAUUUUUUUUUUGUACGAAUACGUGGAAAAGGCACUGUGCAGAGAGAACAAAAUCUAUUUUCUACUUUUACUUUUCUAUGUUCCAUUGGGACACGUCCAAGCUGGUGAGCUGCUUCCAGUGCUGUCCUGUGACCACAUCACAUGCUCCCCUUGCCUUGUAGAACAACAUUCACCUUCUUGUUGACCUGCUGGUGAAAUUCUUCAUCAAUCUCAAGCUCAUUUUCUGGUUCCUUACUACAGUUAAUUAAGGUAAUGCUCUGUUCUUAUUGCUUUUACGCAAUCCGUGACAUGUUCGGGUUAUGCAGAUUUAAUGAUGUGGAGGGUGCAGGUGGAGCAGCCAUAACUGGGUCACUUUCACUCCUUUUCAAGACUCAGUCAGUAUAUAGCAUUUAUACUUUUUAGGAGCUUCACACUAUUUAUAUUUGUAAAUUAAGAGAUGGAAGUCAUCUUUUGUGUUGUUGUUGCUCAAUGCCAAAAAUUACAAGGUACCUUCAUGGUGAUCAGAGUGUUAUCCAAAA